AUGUUAGUUGACAAUGGUAGCUCCGUCAAUAUUCUAUUCGGAUCCACCUUUAACAAGAUGAUACUGGACCAUGAGUUAACAUCCACCACCACUCCUUUAUAUAGAUUUACAGGAGAUAACAUCACUUCGAGAGGAAAAAUCACACUAGCAGUUCCUCAAACCACAAUGAACUUCAUGGAAUUCCUUAUUGUCGACAGUCGAUCGGCCUACCACGGAGUAUUGGGUAGGCCAGCCCUAAAAGAAUUGGGAGCCGUCAUCUCCAUCCACCACCUAUGCAUGAAAUUCUCGACUGAAAAUGUGGUGGCAACGGUGAGAGGCGACCAAAGAGGCUCAAGAGAAUGUUAUCUAAGCUCCAUAAAAAAGAUAGAGCCCCAGGAUGUCCACGUAAUUAUUGCCGACGUAGUCAUGGCUGAUGCCCCAGGUGAUGCUUCCGCCGAAUCGGAAGAUGUCGAAAUGAUUGACGUACCACCCAAUCCAGAGGUAUUGGUCAUCGAUGAGAUCGAUCUCCACGUAAUCGAACACAAACCUCAAACAUCCCCAGUUGAGGAACUUGAGAGCUUCUCGGUAGACCCCCGAGACCCAUCCAAAUUGUUGAAGGUGGGCAAGGGCUUAUCCAGCACUGUGAAAGAAAAGCUCAAGGAUUUCCUAAGUAGAAACCUCGAUAUCUUUGCUUGGAGGCAUGAGGAUAUGGUAGGCAUAGAUCCCAAGGUCAGUUGCCACCACCUGAAAAUUGAUCCUAAGGUUGCCUCGCAUAGACAAAAAAAGAGAGCCCUCAAUCUUGAGAAGUACGAGGCCCUGAAGGAAAAAGUUCAGAAGCUUAUCCAGAAUGGCUUCAUCAGGGAGGCCACCUAUCCGAGGUGGGUCUCCAAUCCAGUUUUGGUGAAGAAACACAACGGCAAGUGGAGGGUGUGCAUUGAUUUCAUUAACCUCAACAUAGCUUGCCCAAAGGACAGCUUUCCACUUCCAAGGAUUGACCAACUGGUAGACUCCACGACGGGGCAUGAGUUAUUGAGGUUCAUGGACGCAUACUUUGGCUACAAUCAAAUCCCCAUACACCCAGCCGAUGAGGAACACACAUCAUUCAUCAUAGACUGA